CGACGAUCCGAUCCAUACUGUCCAGUUUGACUACUGACUUCCAGCUCCAGCUCCAAGAUCGAUCCGGCGGCCGCGACAAUGGGAGCGCACCCUUACUUGCCGGCGGGCCUGGACCUCCCGGGCUACGUGCCGCUGCGCCUGUCGCAGCUCGAGAUCGUCGGGCCCUACCUCGGCGCCUCCCUCUUCGUCCUCGCCGCCGUCUGGCUCCUCUCCGGGAGGUGCGGCAGGCUGUCCAAGGCCGACCGGCUGCUCAUGUGCUGGUGGGCGUUCACCGGCCUCACCCACCUGCUCAUCGAGGGGCCCUUCGUCUUCACCCCAGAUUUCUUCACCAAGAGCAACCCCAAUUUCUUCGACGAAGUCUGGAAGGAGUACAGCAAGGGUGACUCCAGGUACGUCGCCAGGGACACCGCCACCGUCACCGUCGAAGCAAUCACCGUUGUGCUAGAAGGGCCCGCAUCGCUGCUCGCAGUCUAUGCUAUUGCAUCACGGAAGUCAUACAGCUAUAUCCUCCAAUUUACUGUUUGUCUGGGUCAGCUCUAUGGAUGCAUUGUCUACUUCGCUACGGCCUACUUGGAUGGCUUCAACUUUUGGGCCAGUCCAUUCUACUUCUGGGCAUAUUUCAUCGGCGCAAACAGUUCAUGGGUUGUGAUACCAUUACUGAUCGCCAGAAGGAGCUGGAAGAAGAUCUGCGUAGCGAUUCAUCAAGCUGAGAAGGUGAAGACUAAGUAGCAAUGCCUGCAAUAGACAGGGUUUGACUGCAACCAAGACCCACUGCAACCUUUUUUUCACUAAGAUGUGAGGCCCUGAUCUCCAUGUCAGAGCAACCUUGGACCUUCCAAAUAAGAAAGCUCGUAAUUUGAUCUAUAUAAAUGAGAACCCGCAGAAGAUC